AUGUGGGAUCUUAAUCUUCCUCCCAAGAUUAAGAUUUUUACUUGGCGUUUUUUCAUUGAUCGGCUUCCUACUAGAGAUUAUUUAUUGAAAAGAGGUGUAGCUAGUGUAUCUUGUCCGAAUUGUGUGAUGUGUGGCUCCUCUCUUGAAUCUUCUUCCCAUAUUUUCUUUCUUUGCCAAGAGGUGAAAGCGGUUUGGAAUCAUGUCUUCAUGUGGCUCGGCAUUGCGGAGGAGAUUAAUGCGGAGGAUUUCCUUAGGUUCGAAGUCAUCCAAGAUAAGGUGAUAGGUAGCAAACGUAGAAUCGCUAUCAAUUUUGUUUGGGUAGCUACUCUUUGGUGUAUUUGGCUUAUGAGGAAUGCCAUGAUUUUUAGGGGGGAGGUUUUUAGUUUUGAGGUGGUGUGUACUAAUAUUGUGUUUCCCUCUUGGAGAUGGUUAGGCUGUGGAUAUACGAAGUUCAAACCAAACUACUACGAAUGGUUUAAACUUCCUUUAUCCGACAAUCGGUUACCAUAG